AUGAUACAAAAUGAAGGAUACCCUGUUAACUAUAGCAAUAAUCUCAACUGCUCGUGGACCAUCCGGGCAUCCUCUAUGGAGCAAGUUAUCCUUACCUUUAAUACUAUAAUGGUGGAUGACUGCGAAACCUGUGAAUGCGAUCACAUUCAGAUUAGAGACGGUCCUCACAUUUCAAGCCCAAUAAUUGGUAGAUACUGUGGCGAGAUCACUCAGCCAUUUUCUGUCAUAUCAUCUGGAAAUGCCAUAACUGUGGAAUUCAUGACGGAUGUUAACAACGAAGGAGAAGCCCUGAAUGGAUUCUCAGCGAACUACACAUCCAUACCCAUGUGUGGUGGGAACUUUUCAACAAUGAACGGUACCAUCAUGUCCCCUGCUGUAAACAACAUGUACCCUCACAACGCAGACUGUGUAUAUCAGAUCACUGUUCCCCCAAUGUACCGAGUCUUUUUCAAAGUAGAGAGAUUAAUUCUGCAAGACAAAGGCGAAAACAACAUCUGCUCAGACUAUCUGGAGCUGAAGGAGUCUGCGAGCGGUAUAGACUUGGGCAGAUAUUGUGGAGAAAUGGACAGGUUUAGCGUUAUAACAUCGGGAAACACAGCUUGGGCUAGGUUUGUCUCCGACAACGUCACCACAUCACAGGGCUUCACCGUGUUCUGGGAUGCAAUAGAUUGCACAAAUGAAUACACAAGCGCCACUGGAAUGAUCAGCUCUCCAAGCUUUGGGGGUUUGUACCCUUCUAAUGCCAACUGUACAUAUAAUAUCACGCUACCAGAAAACAAAAAUGUCUUCCUGAAGUUUUCCCUGUUUGAGCUAGAGGAACAGGCUUUAGAGGACGCAGUGGAAAUGCCUGGGCAGGAUUGUGCGGACAGUCUUGAGAUAUAUGACUCUGGAAGACAAUUGGAAGCUUACUGUGGCCUCAGAGACCCAUUCAGUAUUAUAUCUACAACAAACAUGUUGUUUUUGACAUUUACAACAAAUUUCCCCUUCAACCGUCGAGGAUUCAUGGCGGAAUAUGAAACUACGGAUGCUCUCAUGGUGCAUACUGAUUACAAUGGUUUGAUCACACCUCCUCUGUAUCAAUUUAUGUAUGCGCAUAACAUUAACAAGAAUUUCACCAUCAUCAGACCACAAAAUGAACCAAUCUUUCUAACGGUGAUCAAUUUUGAAGUACAGGAGUCAGUCAAUGGUACCUGUUUGGAUUAUCUUCAGAUAGGCAUUGAAAGAACGUGUGGAGAACAAGAUCCCAUGAUGUAUCUUUUCUAUGGGUCUGUAUCGUUUAGCUUCGUAUCUGAUUUGUCCAUUUCCGGUGCUGGUUUCCAAGCCCAAUAUGACGUGUGCAACACGACCAUCACUGACGAGUCUGGUAUGCUUCGCUCCCCUGGUUACCCCGCCGUGGUAUAUGAGAAUAUUACAUGUAGUCACACACUCCUACAAACCUAUCAACGAAUGUUCGUCAUCGACUUCACAGAUUUCCAACUCCCUCCCAAAGUCAAUGGAGUCUGUGAAAGCUAUGUCAAGAUAACUGACCUUCAUACUGGAGACAUUGGGAUCACGACAGAGAGCGGUGGUCAGAUGAUGAUGGAGACUAGACUGUGUGGAAAUCGAGGUCCUUUUAACGUCACAAUCAAAGCCAGGGAGAUUAACAUCAUGUACAAGUCCCUAUUCUCAAGGAACACAUUCGGUUACCGCAUGAACUUUACAAUUUCCGAUAUACCUUCUACUACAACUUCUACAACAACAACGCAAAUUCCCACUGAAACGACUGUUGGAGAUGGUGGACCAGGGACCACACUCAACAAUUCCCUUAGUGUUCCAAUUAUUGUGGCCAUCAUUAUUAUCAGUGUCCUCCUGUUCAUAAUUGCCGUGAUUUGUAUCAUAAAAGCAAAGAGCUCUCAAAAUAACACCGGAAGUUUAGAAAUGCUCUCAGUGCGCAGGACCCGACAGUCAACGGCCGUGUUUAACCCUGCAUACGAGUCAAACGACGAGUUGAACAGGGGAGAAUUCAAAUAAACCGUCUGUUCGGAUUGAUUCAGAUCCAAUACUCUGUUGCAGCUUUGAGAUCUAUCAAAAUUGUGAAAUUUUAGUGUUCAUAUUUGUUAAACUGUGAUAUGUCAUGAUACUUCAUCACCGACCUUUUAAACAUCCGGUUGUUGCUUCCAUAGUAAACCUGACGACAUCAUAAAUACGUAUGGCAUUUGCAGUAAAAGGAAACGUUACAGUCAUAAUAUUUUAAUCCCAGAGUGAUUUACCUUUCAUUGUGAUAGAUCCUUGUUUAUAAUAAUUUCCACCAUAUCAUAAUCAAUUCUUAUGCAAGUUCACUAACUCUUUAAGCGGAUUAUGGUUAGACUAUUGCUUGUAUGGCAUCCGGUAUGUAAUCUCAUUGGAGGUGCUGAACAUAUAUAGAAAAGAUACAAAUCAUUGCUGUUGUAUAUAAAUGUAAAUCUUGUCUCCGUGUUGCUGAGUGUGUGAACUUUUAUGUAUAAUAGUAUAUUGUAAGCGAACUUGAUUCGUCUUUGGUGCAUGUAGAUCCGGUGAUUUAUAAAAGAAGAGUUUUAUGAUAGUUAUAUAUAUCUUUAAAAAUAUGUAAAUAAAAUAUUAUUUUAACUUUG